AACGGUUAUAGCUGCUAGAUUCUCUCUCUGUAAUAACAAACUCCUCCUUCCAUUCCAUACACCCACUGAACUACACUCAACUUUCUCUCUCUCCUGCUCCUUCACUCUUUAUCUCUCUCCUCCUCCAUUCUUUCUCGCUUCUCAAACUCAAGAACAUUAAGAAUCUGCAUUCAAAAUUAAAAAACCCUAACCAUCCGCCAUUGUAAUGCGGUCUUUGUUCGUCAAUCAUAUCAAAACUAUCAUUCAAUUCGUUUUCUUCUAUUUCAAUUACUACUUACAUCUCCUACUUAUUCGAUUAAAACGUUGGAUUUAGCGUUCGUUAGGACUCAAUUGAAGCUACCGCUUGCGUCGUCUCCUUCAGUGGUGAUCGACAAUGGCGAUGUUGCUGCGAUGUUUGAGUGUUUUUUUACUGGUGGUUGUCUCGGCGGUUCUCUAUUGCGAAGCUAAGACUGAUUCACUUGAUGUUCUAGCAUUACAAGACCUGUACAAUGCCCUUAAAAGGCCGAAGCAGCUUAAGGGAUGGACAGUAGGAGGUGGAGAUCCUUGUGAGCAGUCUUGGACUGGAGUUGAAUGCUCUGGUUCAUCCGUCAUACAUAUCAAACUUCAUGGACUUGAGCUCGAGGGGUACCUUGGUGGCCAGCUAUUCAAUCUCCAUAGCUUGAAAAUCUUGGAUAUUAGCUCAAACAGAAUCGAAGGUGUAAUCCCAGAUGGCUUGCCCCCUAAUGUGACCCAUUUGAAUUUGUCUGGAAACAAAUUUUUACUUAGCAUUCCACAAACCCUGUCUUUCUUGAGAAACUUAAGACAUUUGAAUUUAAGUCUCAACAAUUUAUCCGGACCCAUUGGGAGCGUAUUCAAAGGUCUUGACAACUUGAAGGAGAUGGAUCUAUCAUACAACAAGUUCAGCGGAGAUCUGCCAAGUUCAUUUGCAUCUCUGACAAAUCUUACCAGAUUGUUUUUGCAAAACAACGAGCUAACUGGGUCAGUAGUAUAUCUGGCAGACCUUGAACUGAUUGAUCUGAACAUCCAAGACAACCAUUUCAGUGGCAUUAUCCCACAGCAUUUUCAGACUAUUCCAAAUUUAUGGAUUGGAGGCAAUACUUUCAGUAGAGUGGGGGCUUACUCACCAUGGAGUUUUCCUUUCGAUAAAGUUCCUAAUGAGCAGAAUAUUACUAGUCCGCCUAUAGCUGAAUCAAGUGCCAUAGAGAAGGAUCCUUCCAGUGGAAAACACCAGCACAAGAAAAAGGGGAAGGCUUUAGGAAUAAUUGCAUUAGGAGUUGGUGGAACAGCCUUCAUCGUAACUCUUCUGGCACUUGCUAUUGCAGUACACGUUAAACGAACUCGCACUGCCGAGCCUGAAAACUUGAACAGCAGCCGUAGGUCAAUGUGUUCCUUUCCAGUUAGUUCAAAUGGAGAUCAUUCUUCUGGGAGAUAUGAAGAAGUCCCACAAGUUUUGUCAGCCAACACUCCACCUGUGGUCUUUUCCAGACACACACCUGCUGUUCGUGGGUCAACAAAGGGCAAAGUGCCCACUAAUGCAAAACUUUAUACGGUAUCUGAACUCCAGUUAGCUACAAAUAACUUCAGUGAAGAAAACUUUCUUGGAGAGGGAUCACUUGGUUCAGUUUACAAAGCAAAGUUCCCUGAUGGCAAGAUAUUUGUAGUGAAAAACAUAAACUUGGUAUCACUGUCUUUUCACGAAGAACAACAGUUUUUGGAUCUUGUUCACUGCACAUCUCGUUUGCAGCAUCCAAAUAUUGUACGUCUUGUUGGGUACUGUGUGGAGAAUGGACAGCACCUCCUUGUGUAUGAGUACGUGAGAGAUUUGACACUUGAUAAAGCUCUGCAUUGUAAAUUCUUUCUGCCCCUCACCUGGGACCUCCGUAUUCAGAUAGCUGUUGGUGUGGCACAAGCCCUGGACUAUAUGCAUUCUUUGUCACCCCCAACUGCACACUGCAAUCUGAAAGCCGCCAAUAUAUUGCUUGAAGAUGAGCUUAAGCCCCGAGUAUCUGACAGUGGACUUUCUAUAUUGAGGCCUCUCACCAGCAACAGUGUCAAAGUUAAGGCUUCUGAGAUGGCUAUUAGCGACAGUGGCUACAUUGCACAAGAAUAUGGGCAAACAGGAAUAGAGAGCAUAAAGACUGAUGUAUACGCCUUUGGUGUCUUGCUUCUGGAACUUUUGACUGGAAGAAGACCAUUUGAUAGCUCUAGAGCAACAGAAGAGCAAUGUUUGGUGAAAUGGGCUUCACUUAGGCUUCACGAUUAUGGUUCUCUUGAGGACAUGGUUGAUCCAAUCCUAAGAAGAUCAAUCUCUGCAAAGGCUCUCUCUCGAUGUGCUGAUGUCAUAUCUCUAUGUGUCCAGCCUGAAAAAGAAUUCCGGCCUCGAAUGUCAGAAGUUGCUGAAGCUCUGUCAAAGAUGUUGCAAAAGCCUGGGACAGAUGUUGUGGAAGGAGAUGCCUUUGAGAAAUCAUUCCGGUCAACCAAAACUCGUUUUUCUGAACUCUCCUGAGACAACCUUCAUGCCUGUCUGAACUACCACUCUACUUAGAUAGGAUUUGCAAAGCUACUAGCUUUGACAUUUAAAGUCUUUCUGUAUGAACCAAUGCCUAAUAAGGCGCUGUUAUACUGUGAUUCUGUAAAAUUCAAUGCUAAGCAGCAUUGGUGAUUUUGUGCCUUCUGGCAAUAGCAGAAAAAUAGGCCACACAACUCAAGGAAACCAUAGCUCAUGGUUUUUAACUGUUUCAGAUUAAUUUUUGUUGUACAAGGCUUGUUCUCAACAGUGAUUGAUUUGACAUUCAGAUUUUGCUGAAUAUAAUCAGCUAAAAGAUUCACAGAGUAACUGAAUUGAACUACAUUCUUCAGA